CAUUACUCACUUUCUCUAGCCAUCUCUUUCUUUCAUCUGCCAUUUCAUUUGUGUAUGUGGCAGUUGUGGGUGUAGGGUUUUUCGAAAUUUUCUCCUUUCAAGUAGAGAAAUUAACACACCCUUUAUUUUCUUAAUGUAGAAUCAAUUAAUAAUAGACUGCGAUUAGUAAGAGUCGCUUUUUGUCUUGUUUGGUGUUGAAAGUGCCCAGGAUACCGUGAUCAUGGCGCAAAUACUGCCAAUUCGUUUCCAGGAGCAUUUGCAGCUCACAAAUGUCGGCAUCAAUCCAGCCUCCAUAUCCUUCAACACACUCACGAUGGAGUCGGACAAGUUCAUCUGUGUGCGGGAGAAGGUGGGCGAGACAGCGGAGGUGGUGAUCAUCGACAUGGCGGACCCCACCAACCCCAUCCGCCGCCCCAUCAGCGCCGACUCGGCUAUCAUGAACCCCGCUAGCAAGGUGAUUGCUCUGAAGGGGAAAGCCGGGGUGGAAGGUACGUCUCAAAAAACGCUCCAGAUCUUCAACAUCGAGAUGAAGUCCAAGAUGAAGGCACACACCAUGUCUGAAGACGUCGUGUUCUGGAAGUGGAUCUCCCUGAACACCCUCGCGCUGGUCACCAAGGUGUCGGUCUACCAUUGGUCGAUGGAGGGUGACUCUACUCCCGUGAAGAUGUUCGAUAGGCACUCCUCAUUGGCUGACUGUCAGAUCAUCAACUACAGGACCGACCCGAAGCAGCAGUGGCUUCUGCUUGUGGGCAUAUCAGCGCAGCAGAACCGCGUGGUGGGCGCCAUGCAGCUCUACUCUGUAGAACGCAAGUGCUCGCAGCCGAUCGAGGGCCACGCGGCCUCAUUUGCCACCUUCAAGGCGGAGGGAAACGCCGAGCCGUCGACGCUCUUCUGUUUCGCCGUGAGGACUGCGCAGGGCGGGAAGCUGCAUAUUAUUGAGGUGGGCCAGACGCCGGCCGGCAACCAGCCGUUCCAGAAGAAAGCCGUCGAUGUGUUCUUCCCGGCCGAGGCGCAAAACGAUUUCCCCGUCGCCAUGCAGGUGUCGCCCAAAUACGACGUGAUCUACCUGAUAACGAAGUACGGCUACAUCCACAUGUACGACAUCGAGACGGGCACGUGCGUGUACAUGAACCGCAUCUCGUCCGACACCAUCUUCGUGACCGCGCCGCACGAGGCCACCGGCGGCAUCAUCGGUGUAAACCGCAAGGGCCAAGUCCUCUCAGUCACCGUCGAGGAGGAAUCCAUCGUGGCGUACAUGAACACAGUUCUCCAGAACCCGGAGCUGGCGCUUCGAGUGGCGGUGCGCUGCAACCUCGCCGGCGCCGAGGAGCUGUUCGUGCGCAAGUUCAACACGCUCUUCACCAACUCGCAGUACAGCGAGGCCGCCAAGGUGGCCGCGAUGGCCCCGCGCGGCAUCCUGCGCACGCCGGCCACCAUCCAGCGCUUCCAGCAGGUGCCCACGGCGCCGGGGCAGACGUCGCCGCUGCUGCAGUACUUCGGCAUCCUGCUGGACCAGGCGCAGCUGAACAAGUACGAGUCGCUGGAGCUGUGCCGCCCCGUUCUGCUGCAAGGUCGCAAGCAGCUGUUAGAGAAAUGGCUGAAAGAGGAGAAGCUGGAGUGCUCAGAGGAACUCGGAGACUUGGUCAAACAGGUGGACCCAACGUUGGCUCUGUCCGUGUACUUGAGGGCCAAUGUCGCCGCCAAGGUCAUCCAAUGCUUCGCUGAGACUGGACAGUUCCAGAAGAUUGUGUUGUACGCUAAGAAGGUCGGCUACACCCCAGACUACAUCUACCUGCUUCGCUCGGUCAUGCGUACGAACCCUGAGCAAGGCGCCGGCUUCGCGGGCAUGUUGGUAGCUGAAGAGCCCCCUCUAGCCGACAUCCAGCAGAUAGUGGACGUGUUCAUGGAACAGAACAUGGUGCAGCAGUGCACGGCGUUCCUGUUGGAUGCGCUGAAGAAUAACAGGCCCGAGGAGGGGCCGCUGCAGACCAGACUGCUAGAAAUGAACCUGAUGUCGGCGCCUCAAGUGGCGGACGCGAUCCUCGGCAACGCCAUGUUCACGCACUACGAGCGCGCGCACAUCGCUCAGCUGUGCGAGAAGGCGGGCUUACUGCAGCGCGCUCUCGAACAUUACACCGACCUGUACGACAUCAAGCGCGCCGUGGUCCACACCCACCUGCUGUCGGCCGACUGGCUGGUGAACUUCUUCGGAACCCUCUCCGUAGAAGACUCCCUGGAAUGUCUCAAGGCGAUGCUGACAGCCAACAUCCGUCAGAACCUACAGAUCUGCGUGCAAAUAGCCACCAAGUACCACGAACAGCUGACGACUAAAGCGCUCAUUGAGCUGUUUGAGAGCUUCAAGACGUACGAAGGCCUGUUUUACUUCCUCGGCUCGAUUGUCAACUUCAGCCAGGAUUCGGAAGUGCACUUCAAGUACAUUCAAGCGGCCUGCAAGACGGGCCAGAUCAAGGAGGUCGAACGCAUCUGCCGCGAGUCCAACUGCUACAACGCGGAGCGAGUCAAGAACUUCCUCAAGGAGGCCAAGCUACCUGACCAGCUGCCGCUCAUCAUCGUGUGCGACCGCUUCGACUUUGUACAUGACUUGGUGUUGUACCUGUACAGGAAUAGCCUGCAGAAGUACAUUGAGAUUUAUGUGCAGAAGGUCAACCCAUCUCGUCUGCCCGUGGUCGUUGGAGGACUACUCGACGUGGACUGUGCCGAGGACAUCAUCAAGAACCUGAUCCUCGUGGUCCGAGGACAGUUCUCCACGGACGAGCUGGUUGCUGAAGUGGAGAAGAGGAACCGGCUCAAGCUGCUGCUUCCCUGGUUGGAGACCAGAGUGCAUGAGGGGUGCAACGAGCCAGCCACACACAAUGCUCUCGCUAAGAUCUACAUUGACUCCAACAACAACCCCGAGAGGUUCUUGAAGGAGAAUCAGUGGUACGACUCCCGAGUAGUGGGGCGCUACUGCGAAAAACGCGACCCGCACCUCGCCUGCGUGGCUUACGAGCGAGGCCAGUGCGACCGCGAGCUCAUCUCCGUGUGCAACGAGAACUCGCUGUUCAAGACCCAAGCCCGCUACCUGGUGCGCCGCCGCGACCAGGAGCUGUGGCUCGAGGUGCUGCAGGAGGACAACGCGUACCGGAGGCAGCUCAUCGACCAGGUGGUGCAAACAGCUCUCUCCGAAACCCAAGACCCCGAAGACAUCUCAGUGACAGUGAAGGCGUUCAUGACGGCCGACCUGCCGAAUGAACUGAUCGAGUUGUUGGAGAAGAUCGUGCUGGACAACUCCGUGUUCUCCGACCAUCGCAACUUGCAGAACUUGCUUAUAUUGACAGCAAUCAAGGCGGACCGCACCCGAGUGAUGGAGUACAUCAACCGGCUGGACAACUACGACGCGCCGGACAUCGCCAACAUCGCCAUCAACAACGAGCUGUACGAGGAGGCCUUCGCCAUCUUCAACAAGUUCGACGUCAACACGUCCGCCAUCUCGGUUCUAAUAGACCAAGUGAAAGACCUAGAGCGCGCAUACGAGUUUGCCGAGCGGUGCAACGAGCCUGGCGUGUGGUCUCAACUGGCCAAGGCGCAACUACAGCAGGGCUUAGUGAAGGAGGCCAUAGACUCGUACAUUAAAGCUGAUGACCCCUCGGCCUAUAUGGAUGUGGUGGAUACUGCGGCGAAGACGCAGUCGUGGGAGGACCUGGUUAGGUAUUUACAGAUGGCGCGCAAGAAGGCGCGCGAAAGCUACAUAGAAUCCGAGCUAAUCUACGCCUACGCUCGCACCGGUCGCCUGGCAGACCUAGAAGAGUUCAUCUCAGGGCCGAACCACGCCGAUAUACAGAAGAUUGGAGACCGCUGCUUCGAGGACAAGAUGUACAAUGCGGCCAAACUGCUGUACAAUAAUGUCAGUAACUUCGCCAGAUUGGCCAUCACGCUCGUGCAUUUGAAGGAGUUCCAGGGUGCCGUCGACAGCGCGCGCAAGGCCAACUCGACCCGCACGUGGAAGGAAGUGUGCUUCGCGUGCGUGGACGCGGGCGAGUUCCGUCUCGCGCAGAUGUGCGGGCUGCACAUUGUGGUCCACGCUGAUGAGCUGGAGGACCUCAUACACUACUACCAGGACCGAGGCCACUUCGAGGAGCUGAUCAGCCUGCUGGAAGCUGCUCUGGGGCUGGAGCGCGCGCACAUGGGCAUGUUCACGGAGCUGGCCAUCCUGUACUCCAAGUACAAGCCCGCCAAGAUGCGGGAGCAUCUCGAGCUGUUCUGGUCCCGGGUUAACAUUCCUAAGGUGCUCCGCGCGGCGGAACAAGCACACUUGUGGUCGGAGCUCGUCUUCUUAUACGACAAGUACGAAGAGUACGACAACGCGGCGCUGGCUAUGAUGCAGCACCCGGCCGAGGCGUGGCGCGAGGGACACUUCAAGGACAUCAUCACCAAGGUGGCAAACAUGGAGCUGUACUACAAAGCGAUCCAGUUCUACUUGGACUACAAACCCCUGCUCCUCAACGACCUACUCCUAGUACUAGCUCCGCGUAUGGACCACACGCGCGCCGUGUCCCUGUUCACUAGAGCCGGCCAUCUUCAGUUGGUCAAGGCGUACCUCCGUUCUGUGCAGAACUUGAAUAAUAAGGCGGUUAAUGAAGCGCUGAACUCGCUGUUGACUGAUGAGGAGGACUAUCAGGGUCUGCGCACGUCGAUCGACGCGUUCGACAACUUUGACACGAUCGCGCUCGCGCAGCAGCUCGAGAAGCACGAGCUCACCGAGUUCAGGAGGAUCGCCGCUUACCUCUACAAAGGCAACAACAGAUGGAAGCAGUCCGUGGAGCUCUGCAAGAAGGACGCCCUGUACGCGGACGCGAUGGAGUACGCGGCGGAAUCGCGGCAGCCGGAGCUGGCCGAGGAGCUGCUGGACUGGUUCCUGCAGCGGGACAACUUCGAGUGCUUCUCCGCGUGUCUGUACCAGUGCUACGACCUCCUGAAACCCGACGUGGUCAUCGAACUGGCGUGGAGGCAUAACAUCAUGGACUUCGCGAUGCCCUUCCUUAUCCAGACGGUCCGCGAGCUGACGACCAAGGUGGAGAAGCUGGAGGAGGCGGACGCGCGGCGCAGCACGGAGGUGGCCGAGCAGGAGGCCAAGCCCGCCAUGAUGAUGGAGCCGCAGCUCAUGCUCACCGCUGGACCUUCAAUGGCGUACCCAGGCGUGGUCCCACCGCAAGCGUCGCCCUACGCCUACGCGGCGCAGGCCCCGUCGCCCGCGCCCUACCACGGCUACGGCAUGUAGGGGCCCCGCGCGCCCCGCUGGGGCCCCCCGGCUCGCCACUGAGCGCCGGUCUAUCCUGGUAACGCAAGCAUCUUGAACGCUGAAUGAUUAGACAAAUUAAUGCAUCAAUGACGAUUUUACCCGUCACGUGAAUUACAAAGCAAAGUUUUGUAGUUAUUAAAACACUGAAGAAGCACUGAAGCAUGCCAAGUAUGCUAUGAUCAUGUAAUAAUGGUAUUUUUGGUGUAACGAACCACAUUGAUGUGCCUAUCGCGUCAAGGUAUUCUAGUUACAAUAAAUACAUAACGUAUUGAUGUUAACUGUGCUUGAAAGUAAGAAAGAAAGUGAAAUUCUCGAUUUUAUCGCCUCGAUGAAACGUUAUCAUUAACGACAAACAACACUUACUGCGUGUGGUAGCGAUACAUAAAUACAUCGCUUGUCGCAUGCUAGUAACGUGUCGUUGGCAGUUAUACGUUUGCUAAACACUAGUGACCAACCAUUUGUAUCUAUCGCUUUAGAGCCGUCACUAUCGUUGAGCGUUCAAAAUGCGUGUCGCGAACAGGAGCAGACUGGGACAGCCGUCUCUUUCUGUCUAAGGCAGAUGUAAGUGUGUUAAUAAGCUGAAAGGGAUGGGUGCGUGCGCAGAGCGAGACUGUUUAUAACUGGAGUUUAGAGUUGCGCGUGAUGACCCUGAGUGUAAUAAGGUAUUUGUUAACCGUAGCUGUUGAAAGUGCUGUUUCCACGCGAGAUUGUAGAAUAAUUCCGAAUUUCCAGAGGUAGUACACAUAUCAUCUUGACACAAUAACCAUUUCUAAUCACGUUUAUAGUAGAUAGGAUCUCUCUGACAAGCCUGAGGAUAGGGCUCACGCGCAACUCAUCUUCUAUCCACUGAAGACUCUAUGCACUUGCGGUAAAAAACAAAUUUGUAGUGCAUUUAAAUUCUGACCGUUGUUAAAUAACAUUAUAAUUAGGUAAUCAACUUAUCAGUGUCAUAUUAUAAGUAAAUCUGCUUGUUAAAUUGGCUUUAUUUUUCAUUGACCGAGGCCUAAUGUCCAUUGAUUAUAAAAUAGAUAAAUCGAAAGUGCAUAGAGAGAUCGUAUUAACUUAUGCAUAGUUUUAAUGGCCACAUAGUAAGCUAUGAAACUAAUUUUAAAGUGUAAAUUGUUGGCCUGUAUAAAAUAAUAUAUUUUGAUGAAUAACUCUGGUCGCCUCAAAGUGCUUUAUUUUUCGCGGCGAUGAGAGUUAUGUAGUUGUCAUUGAAGUAAUCUGUCGUGGCUUGGUUUAUUAGGAAAUGUUAGUAUGCGCCCGUUAUGUCUACGAAUGUAUUGUAAAUGAAUGGUGCAUACAAAUAAUAAUUAGAGGAAUGUAGCACCACCGGUAGCGAGGCGGUAACAAUCGUUGCUGCUUUUAAAUUAGGAAUUACUGUAAACAAAAUAUUGAAAAUAUUAUAAGCUUUCUAUAUAACACCGUGAGCCGCCGCGUAGAGGUCACUACGAUCAUCAAAAUCCAAUAUUUUAUGUACAACUAGUAUUGAUCUAUUAAAAAUUAUCUUCAUAUACAAAGUUAUUCUAAAAGAUGUCUUUAAAAAUAUGUAAAAAUCCUAAGGGACAAUUUCGACUAUUGGCUAUGGCUUGUUAUUAUUAAGAUACUGAAAUUAUAGGAGAUUGAUGUGUCGGUGGCAGGGCUCUAACAUUAACUUGUGCAAUGUCAAACAGUUUCAACGAAUACGGACUACGCCCAGGCUGGUCCGCUUCGGUUAUAUAAUGUACAAACAUUUUCUUAACGUUUUAUUGUGUUAUUUGUAUAUAAAGCUUUCACUUUAGAACACCCACGAGCAUUUCUGAGCCAGUUGUACUAACACUUACCUUAUUUAAACACUGAGUUACACAUAUUUUCGUAUUGGAAUAUUAUUGAUAAUGUUUUCUAGAUUCGUGUAGUUUUAAUUUAGGCAGUUAGUCGUGCAUACGAUGUUAUUUUUAGAUGGAAAUGUUUGGGGUGUGUGCGUUGUCUUGUGACGUCACCGGAGUUGCUUUAGUUCGUUAAUAUUAUUGUCACACCUUGAUAGUUGCCUUCACUAGAUAAUUUAAGAGUCACGUAAUGGGGACGCUGUCUUUACCGCAAGCGACCUACACUCACAUUGAAAUUAUUGUUGACAAAGCUCUAUAGCUUCAAAUUGAGAUAGUGAGCGGCGAUCCCCUAGUGUAGUAAACGCUCCAUGUACUGUUACAUUCUGGUAACAAUAUCUUGCGAGUUGCAAUAACAAUAAUCGAUGUUGAAAUUUGUCAUUCAAAUCAUUCCUAUCAUUAACAUUUUAAUUAUUAUUAUAAUGAUCAAUAACAAUAAUUGUUACAUUUUGUUUACUUCUUUUUUUACGUAACACAUUGAAAUUACAAUUACAAGAAGUUGAUUGUUCUAUUAGUAUUGUAUUUAUUAAUGUAUGAUACUGUUUCUUUAAAUUUUAUUAUAGUAAGAUUAUAUUAUAUGAAUUGAUGAA